GCGGGGCCGGCAGCGGGGCACGUCGCGUGCGCGCGGCGGGAGGCGCUGACGCGGCGCGUGUGACGCAGUUGCCCAUGGUAACCCCGGAGCCGCGCCGAGGAUGGGUUUACUGUCAAUCUUACGUAAACUGAAAAGCACCCCAGACCAGGAGGUGAGAAUCCUCCUCUUGGGACUGGAUAAUGCAGGCAAGACCACGCUUCUGAAACAGCUGGCAUCUGAGGACAUCAGCCACAUCACACCAACACAGGGCUUUAACAUCAAAAGUGUACAGUCUCAAGGCUUCAAGCUGAAUGUAUGGGACAUAGGCGGACAGAGGAAGAUCAGGCCGUACUGGAGGAACUAUUUUGAAAACACUGAUAUCCUUAUCUAUGUCAUUGACAGUGCAGAUAGGAAGAGGUUUGAAGAAACGGGUCAGGAGCUGGCUGAGCUUUUGGAUGAAGAAAAGCUUAGUGGAGUGCCCGUGCUCAUAUUCGCUAACAAGCAGGAUCUGCUGACGGCUGCCCCCGCCUCGGAGAUCGCCGAGGGACUGAACCUGCACACCAUCCGAGACAGAGUCUGGCAGAUCCAGUCUUGUUCUGCUCUUUCAGGAGAAGGAGUGCAGGACGGCAUGAAUUGGGUGUGCAAAAAUGUCAAUGCUAAGAAGAAAUAAAGCAUUCGGAGCUGCGUGGAAACGGAGGAGCGGUGGGAGCAGAAUUCUAGCCUGAAAACACUAAUUUGCUGCUUUCUGACCAAAUGUUUUUCCAUCUGUGCACAGCUACAGCUGUUAAAAGGAAAAAAAAAGAGGAAAAAAAAAAAAGGGAACAUCAUCGCUGAAAACCUACUGCUGGAUUUGGAACUUGACCUGCUCUUUGGUAUCGUUUUUUACCCCAAUAAAGGAAUUAUGUAUUUCUUCCCUAUGCAGAAA